UUGCCCAACAAUAAUUGCCGAUCGUUAGUCGUCGAUCUAAUCGCAUUGUCGCAACGAGGACGAUUGGCGAAUAAAUUUGAGCUGAGAUCGCUGGAGUUGCCGCAAUCUGUUCGUAUCACUUGAAUUGAACAGUCGAUGAUUUUGCAGGUCAGAUGUGCACAUUGAACUCACUGUGAAGCUACUCUCUCUCUUUCUCCACAUCCGUCACGAUUUUCUUAUACAUGUACAUUCUGUAGGAUGGGAAAACGUUAAUGGACCGCCUAAAGGGCGCGCGUUGCAGUUUCGCAAUACGUGCCGGUCGUCGUCGCGUUCGAGCGCGCGACUUGGUUCAACAACCCGAUCGGGAAUUCUUAAGGUUUCUCGGGGCCUUUGCUCGACACGAUGUGGGACAGAUAGGAGAGAGAUGACGAAGAAAUCGGAGCGUGCGAAACGACAAGGAAUUAUUGCGCUCGAGGAAGAGCCAGCCAGCCGUCGGAGUAGGGAAUCGUCGCCACCGCCAGUCACUGAUGAUGGUUGUCGUGGAGGUCAACGUCGGUUGUUGCUCCCUGACGUCGCUUGGCCCGCUCGUUGGUUGAAGCGGCCUUCUUGUAGAUUUGUCGAUGAAUAAGAUGAAAACCGAUGAGGAACGUCACUCGGAAGCUGCCGCUGCGCAUCCUUCCGAAUCGUCGUCUGUCCGUAGGACCGGAAAUCCGGAGGGAGAGUCGUCGUUUGAUUCGUCCGAGACAAGUCUGCCGCCUUUUCCAGCAAAGAACGUAGUUUACAAAGGAGAGGGAAACGCCAACAUCGUCAUCGCAUUGCCACACCGACAGGGGGUAAUACGAUUCCGGAAGUCGUUGCCGGACGAGGUUUCGCCGGACGCCGGCGAAACGCGCGUGCUGCGGGAGUUGGGCUACGCCAGGAACGUGGUUUCCGCCUUUUUGGGCUCUUACAUGCAGAUCCCCGAAAUUGUACGCUACGACAGCACCGACGUGGCCAAACUGUCGGACGCCAUUCGCCAUCUUAGACCAGAGACACGCCGACACAAGGAUAUCGCAAACACAUACGCCCUGAAGUUUGCGGAUUACACACUUUUAGAUCCGGAAUUGAAGCUCCACGAAAGCGUUUUCCGAAGCCGUUCGACGUUCUGCGUCGAAAUAAAGCCGAAGCAGGGAUUUUUGCAGAGAACGGAGUGGGAGAAAAUCCCCACGUGUCCGUAUUGUCUGAAUCAGUUUACCAAGUUGUUGAAGAAGAACAUCGCUGAUCUUAGCAAUUACUGUCCGUUCGAUUUGUUUUCCGGGACGAAGGAGCGCAUGAAAAACGCCGUGAGGGAGCUUCUCAAGUCGCCGCAGAACAACUUGAAGAUCUUCAAAGACGGCCUCGUCGUCUACGAUCAGAACUCGUCGCCAGGCGAUCUCGAGGUCGUGCUGGACGAUUGGUUUCGAAAUGCGAUAACGACGAGCACAGGGCGAACGCGCGUUGAAGAGUUCUGCGAUUUGGUGUACGCUGCGCUUACGCGACCGUUUGCUCGGGAGCGGCUCAAAGCGUUUCCUGAAUUUUGUUCUCGCAAUCUUCCCUCAUCUGCGAGUCCGACGUUUCGACGCUGCGCCGAGUCAAGCGCGGUCACGAGAGCCAAGUGGUAUCUUCGUCUCAAGGGAAAGAAAUGUAACUUCGAUGGCGAGAAGUUACCGAAAGAUUCGGUGCUGGAACGGAUUUGGAACAUGCAGCGGUUGUCGUACGUCAGUGUCGGUUACAUUUACGACCUCUAUUCCAAAUUCGCGUUGUUGUUGAACGACGAUUUGAUAUAUUCCGACUUGACGAAAGUAGACGAGACUUGCUUUGCUACGAUUCCUCAGAAGAUUGAAAACGCCCGUCUCCAGACUCCUCUUGGAGCCGCCAAACACUACAGCGACGACCUCAAUGGGAAUCCCAACUCUGACUCCAACGGCGUGUUGUCUUCUGACAAAAUGAACAGUGAUUUCGUAUCGCACGCAGAAACUAGUCUCAACCAACAUUCAUUCAACGAGAGUCACAACGCGAGAGCUUGCGACGACGAGCGAGAGACAAAUGUACGGAUCAGCGAUCAGCAGCUGUCGGCGCUACAAAGUUAUCUGUUAUUCGCCAUGGCCAGGGACUGCUCGAUAUUAAUGACCUUCCGUGAAUUGCACCCAGAAAGCUCAUCGAGAGCGCCCGCGAAAAACACGCUGACACUCUCGGAGCAACUUUCCUUUGUGUGCAGCGUCAGAAUCUCCGACUUGGAUCCGAAAAGCGUUCACUCGAUCAAGAAGCAUCAGCAACGUGACGUAGAAAUGUUCGAAUCUGUAAAUUCUCUUUAUUCUGUAAGUUUUUAUUUCGAUAUCACUUCCAGAAUAGAUAAUUGCACGGGAAGUCGCGCAGUAUGUAAUUAGACACAAUAUCGAACACGGAUCUUCUAAUCUCUGUACGCUGAAUUAUGCGCAAGUUGUUCGACGAUCAAACAUUGUUUUAUAAGACUUUACUGUUCCACGUAACACUUGAUAGUGUUUUAAGUUAUUUAGUUAGUUCUUCCUUUUUUUUUAAAACAAAAAGCGAAGCCAUUCGCGCAUUGUUACAUAAUUUCUGUAAGUUAAAUCGUUCAUUUCAAAUUGUACUUUUGUGUAAUUGGUAUUGUAUUGUGAUACUGAUUUUUUUAACGAAUUGAAAUUAAAAAAUUGUAUUUAUAAAUAAAGUAAAAAUUGUUAUAGAUAAUAUUGAAAUUAGAUAGUAAAAUUUUUAUAGAUAAUUAUUGUUAUAGAUAAUAUUGUAAAACGAUGCUAUUUUUCGAUAGAAACCAUUUUGUCGCUUAAGGAUCUCGCGCAUAUCACAAGACUGACUUACAUAAAUAUGUACAUGUAGUUAGCAAUUAUUGUUUUUUAUUGUCACGGAGAGCUUUGUUAACGCGUUUGUUUGUAAAGUAAAGAUUACUGUAAAGAAAAACACUGUAACAAGUAAAUAAAAACAGCAGACAGUACGAAUUUUGUUGUUCAUUUACUA